AUGUUACCCAUGAAUCCGCACGCCCGCGGGGCUAAUCGACCCGUAAUGGCCACCACAACUAUCAAAAUCGACGGAAUGACUUGCGGAGCUUGCACAUCAGCAGUAGAGGGCGCAUUUCAAGGGAUAGACGGUGCGCACGAUGUUUCUGUCAGUCUCAUCAUGGGUAGGGCCGCUGUACAACAUGAUCCGUCAGUGUUACCGCCUACGAAAAUCGCAGAGAUGAUUGAGGACUGCGGGUUCGAUGCGGCAGUACUUUCGACCGAGGAACAAAGGAAUCCCGACUCUGCUUCUUUUCCGGCUACGCGACUCUCCAUAACCAACCUGGCGGUUGAGGGUAUGACAUGCGGGGCAUGUACGUCUGCAGUGGAAAGCGGGUUGAACAAUGUCAGCGGUGUGAACUCCGUAGACGUAUCACUACUUUCUGAGCGCGCAGUUGUGGAACAUGAUGCAGGCAUCAUCACACCAGAGCAGAUCGCAGAGCUCAUUGAAGAUCGAGGCUUUGGAGCGCGAGUGCUGGACACUUCCCUAGUGGGCUCCAAGGGACCAUCUGCAUCGGCUGACUCGGAAGAUAAAUCGGGGCUUCUGGUCACCACGGUCGCAAUUGGAGGAAUGACAUGCGGCGCUUGCACAUCUAGCGUCCAGGGUGCCUUGAGCAAUGUGGAUGGAGUAAUCCAGUUCAACAUCAGUCUUCUGGCUGAGCGAGCAGUGGUUGUACACGACCCAACCAUACUCCCUGCCAGCAAAAUUCCAGAUCUUAUUGAAGAUGCCGGAUUUGAUGCGUCCAUCGUGUCGUCAGAGGCGCAGGCGUCAAUUUCCAAAAAGACACAGCAGAUCAAUUUGAGCUUGCAUGGGCUGCGAGACGGCGUUUCUGCCACAGCAUUGGAAGAUAGUCUAUUACAGCAACCGGGUGUUCUUUCGGCAUCAAUAAAAAUGGCUACCUCCCGUAUAGUCAUUGCUAUCGACCCAUCUACAAUCGGAAUCCGGUCUGUUGUGGACGUGAUCGAGGCUGCUGGUUACAACGCCUUGAUUGUCGACUCAGAUGAUACCAAUGCACAGCUACAGUCAUUGUCCAAAACGAAGGAAAUCCAAGAAUGGAGAAGAUCUUUCAUCAUCGCCGCCUCUUUUGCGGUCCCUGUCUUCCUCAUCAGCAUGAUUCUUCCGAUGUAUUUCCCCGGAAUUGACUUUGGCAGUGUUGCACUGAUCCCGGGCCUAUAUCUUGGAGAUCUGAUCUGUCUCGCUCUUACCAUUCCGGUGCAGUUCGGCAUUGGCAGACGAUUUUAUAUCACGAGCUUCAAGUCUCUCAAGCAUCGAUCCCCAACCAUGGACGUUCUCGUAAUGCUGGGCACGUCCGCUGCCUUCUUUUACAGCUGUUUCACCAUGAUCAUGGCUCUUUGCAGCAAGGACCAACGGCGUCCUAGCACCGUGUUUGACACCAGUACGAUGCUUAUCACCUUUAUCACUUUGGGACGAUGGCUAGAGAACCGAGCCAAAGGCCAAACUUCCGCUGCUCUUUCUAGGCUCAUGUGUCUGACUCCAUCUAUGACGACUAUCUACGAAGAUCCCAUUGCGGCAGAGAAACUGGCUGAGCGCUGGACCUCCAAACCUACACCUGGCGCACCUGAGCAACCCACGUUGGCCGACGACAUAACGGUAAAUCAAAAGUGCAUCCCCACCGAACUAAUUCAAGUCGGUGAUGUCGUCAUCCUCCACCCCGGAGAUAAGGUGCCUGCGGACGGUGUGGUCAUCCGGGGCGAAAGCUAUGUUGAUGAGAGCAUGAUCAGUGGAGAAGCACUGCCUAUUCACAAAAAGAAAGGCAGUCAAAUCAUUGCUGGGACUGUGAACGGCACAAACUCUAUUGAUUUCAAAGUCAUUCGAGCCGGCAAGGAUACCCAAUUGAGCCAGAUUGUAAAGUUGGUACAGGACGCGCAGACGAGCCGUGCUCCGAUUCAGCGCAUGGCUGAUAUCGUUGCUGGUUACUUUGUCCCCACCAUCAUCGGUCUUGGUUUGAUCACAUUCUUUGGUUGGAUGUUCCUCAGCCAUGUCCUGCCUCAUCCGCCCACGAUCUUUGAAAUGGCAGGCAGCGGUGGCCGAGUCAUGGUUUGCUUGAAGCUGUGCAUCUCGGUCAUUGUCUUUGCGUGUCCCUGUGCUUUAGGUCUGAGCACCCCAACCGCGGUCAUGGUUGGUACCGGCGUCGGCGCUGAGCAUGGCAUCCUCGUUAAGGGAGGUGCCGUGCUAGAAGCUGCCACGAAGGUUACUCAUGUUGUCUUCGAUAAGACGGGCACCCUGACUACAGGUCGGAUGAGCGUAGCUCACACCCGAAUUGAACCUCAAUGGACAAUGAACGACUGGCGCCGUCAGCUCUGGUGGCUUAUUGUCGGUCUCGCAGAGGCAGGCAGUGAACACCCAAUCGGACGAGCGAUCUUCUCUGCGGCCAUAACCGAAUCAGGUCAUCCCGGAGAAGAUGGGUUACCAGGGAGCACGGGUGACGUUGACAACUAUGUUGGCAAGGGUGUUUCUGCCGUCGUCGAACCUACAUCUAGCGGCCAACGUAUCCGGCAUCAUGUCCUCCUUGGCAACGCCAACUUCCUCCGGUCCAAAGACGUCCCUGUACCCGCUGACGCAGAUCCCGACUCCGCGGAACCUGUCGAAGACUCGGAAGCUGACAUCCCCAAUCCUGGUGCCACCGCUGCCGGCAUUACACGCAUCCACGUUGCAAUCGACAACCGCUAUGCCGGAACCAUCUCCCUCCGAGACACAGUAAAAGAAACCGCCGUGGCGGCUGUAGCGGCCCCUGCAUCGCAUGGGCAUCUCAACCUCCAUGCAGUCGGCAUCCCAACUGAUACAAUCCACGCCUCCGUCUCCCCAUCCGAGAAACGCUCAAUCAUCUCCGCCCUCCAAGCAGAAGGCGAGCGCGUCGCCAUGGUCGGCGACGGCAUCAACGACUCUCCCGCACUGGCCACGGCAUCCGUCGGAAUCGCCCUAGCAUCCGGCACAGACGUAGCCGUCGAGGCUGCCGAUAUCGUCCUGAUGCGUCCGGACGAUUUACUGUCUGUACCAGCAAGUCUCUCCCUCUCGCGCUCGGUCUUCAAACGCAUCAAGUUGAACUUAAUUUGGGCUUGCAUGUACAAUGUUAUCGGCCUUCCAUUCGCCAUGGGCCUUUUCCUCCCCUUCACGGGCUUCAUGCUACCCCCCAUGGCCGCCGGUGCUGCCAUGGCUCUUUCCAGUGUCUCCGUCGUUGUUAGCAGUCUGCUGUUGAAGUUCUGGCGUCGCCCGUCUUGGAUGGAGGUUGAGAGUCUUGAGAAGGAGCUUCGCUCGGGUGCGAUCUCUCCGGCUGGUCUGGCACGUCGUGGUCAUGCUCGUAAGGUCAGCUGGUGGGCUUCCACUACUAUUUUGUCGGAUAGCCCGCGUUCUCUGCGUCGUCGUGUUGGGAAUGUUUUCUCUUCGCUUUGGUCUCUGGUCACUGGCAAAGGACCCAUGCCGGCUGGUCGGGGUGAUGACGGUUAUGUUCCGUUGCAGACAGUUGAGCCGCCUGUUUGA